AGAACCUUCGGAAGCCAAUCGCUGCAUUUUGUGUGAUACGUCACAGGAAAAACAUGGCGGCGCACAUUGUCAGAGCUGUGAGACGUCCUGCUUCGCUGAAAGACGGCCGGCUCCUGCCUGCAGUCUGGCAGUUGUAUACUCAAGCAUGCUGUCAUCACCAUCAGUCUCCAGGCUCCUCGCUGCGCUACAUCCCCCGUAGGGCAGUUCUCUACUGCCCUGGCAAUGAUGAACGAAAAUUGAAGAAACUGGCCUUGCUGGAUGUCGACUGCGCCGUGCUGGACUGUGAGGAUGGCGUGGCCCUCACCAAAAAGGUUGAAGCCAGAGAGACCAUAGCUCGGAUGUUGGGAGAGCUGGAUUUGGGCCGGACUGAGAAGUGUGUAAGGGUGAACUCCGUUUCUAGUGGCCUAGCUGAGGCCGACCUGCAGGUUGUCCUGCAAGCAGAGGUUCUUCCUCCUGCCAUUAUGCUGCCCAAAGUAGAGGACAUUCAGGAAGUCAAAUGGUUUGUUGACAGGUUUCAGCACUACUUGAAAGGACGGACACUGACAGAACCCAUUCGCCUUGUCACCUUUGUGGAAACCGCUGUGGGCCUGCUCAAUUUUAAGGCAGUGUGUGAGGAAAUCCGUCAGCUCGCUCCCAGAGCCUGGCUCCACCAUGACGGUGUGGUGUUUGGCUCCGAUGACUUCUGUGCCAGCAUAGGUGCCACACGGACUAAGGAUGCCAGAGAGCUGCUCUAUGCUCGGCAGAAGGUGGUUGUUACCACCAAAGCUUUUGGGCUGCAGGCCAUCGACCUGGUUUACAUCGACUACAAAGAUGUAGAAGGACUGAGGCUACAAGCAAGGGAAGGAGCGCUCAUGGGCUUCACCGGUAAGCAGGUUAUUCACCCCGGGCAGGUCCAAGCUGUGCAGGAGGAGUUCUCCCCGAGCUCAGAAAGGGUCCAGUGGGCCAAGGAGCUCAUCGCUGCUUUCAAGCAACAUCAGAAAGAAGGAAAGGGCGCAUUCACCUUUCGCGGCAGCAUGAUUGACUUGCCCUCGCUGAAGCAGGCUCAGAAUAUCCUGACCCUCUCUGCUGCUGUGUCGCAGAAAUAACCGGAGGAAACACGGGUCGGAAAAAGGACAGGAAACUAGAAAUCACUUCAUGAACUUUACAAACCUGGUGCAGGAUUACAACGAAAAACAUGGCUUGUAUUUUUAGUGUAGUAAACAUAAAUGUAAAUACACUGA